GAAACCAUCAAGAUCAGCUCAAGCGGGUUCGAGUCGGGUCAGCUUUAGGUUCAUUUACCAUAUACUGAUAUACGGAUUACUUAAGGUUCUCUUCUCAAAGCCCAAAAUCCCACCAACCAAUUAUACGCCACAUCAACAACAAAAACAUUAUCUCUCCCUUUCUUCCUCUUUUCUCAAUCUCAAAAUUGGGUUUUUAUUUGUGUCUUACAUUCAGAUACUCCUCUAUUCAUUGUCUUGUAUGACGCAAAAAUCGUCAACAAACAAUUUACUUACUUCUGUCUUUCACAAUACCCAAGAUUUGAUUUUUAGCUUGGGUUUUAUCGCCUUUUUGUGGUGUAGGUAGAAGAGUGUGUAAGUGUUCUUAGUCUUUUUCAUUUGAUUCCAUCCUCAAUUUUAUCAAAUGGGUUCAUCGAUUUCCCCUUUGAUCAUAGAGUUGAAGAUUCAAUUUUGAUGGAAUUUUUCAAUCUUCUAAGAUCAGGGUAUUUUUCACUGUGUAUUAAUUGGUCGUGGGUCAACAUUUGAAUGAAGAUGAAGAGCAUCAGGGAUUGGGUUUUCGCUCAGUUAGUUUCUGGUUCAUUUGUCUUGCCAAGGCCUUUGUCUAGCAGUUUGGAAGAAGAACCCCAGAAUGAGGAGUUUGCUUCUUCAGGCUCUGCACAAAAUGCUGGGGUGAUAGCAUCGCAUGUAACUGCUGAUUUGCUGCCUUCUUCCAACAGGGGUCAAGAAAGCUCAAUGGAUUCUACUGACCUUCCCUCUCCUUCUCCCGACUCUUCUGGUAGAAUAAAGUUGGAUCCAUUGUCAAAAAUUGAGACACUUCAAAUCAAUUUCUUCCGUAUCCUGCAACGGCUUAGGCAAUCACCUGAAGACAUACUUGUGGCUAAGAUCCUAUACCGUAUUCAUCUAGCAACAUUGAUAAGAGCAGGGGAAUCAGAUUUAAGUAGAAUUAAUCUCAGAAGUGAUAAAGCUAGAGCUUUAGCAACAGAACGGGAGGCCGCUGGGCGACCUGCACUUGAUUUUUCUUUGAGAAUACUUGUCUUGGGAAAGACCGGUGUUGGUAAGAGCGCUACAAUUAACUCGAUUUUUAAUCAGACAAAGGCUAUGACAAAUGCUUUUAAGCCUGCUACGGAUCGCAUCCAAGAGAUUACUGGUUUUGUGAAUGAUAUUAAGGUAACAGUUAUUGACACUCCUGGAUUCUGGCCAUCUUCUACACGCAAUGCACGAAGGAACAGGAAAAUUAUGCUUUCUAUAAAAAGGUACAUUAAAAAAAAUCCUCCAGAUGUUGUUUUGUAUCUUGAACGCCUUGAUACCAUGAGCAAGGGGUAUAAUGACUUCCCCCUCUUAAGGCUUAUGACAGAUAUUUUUGGUUCUGCAAUGUGGUUUAACACCAUUCUUGUCAUGACGAACGCUGCUGCAGAACUUCCUGAGGGACCCACUGGCUCUUCCAUCAAUUAUGAAUCAUAUGUGACCCAUUGCACAGACCUUUUGCAAAGAUACAUACAGCUGGUGGUUUCUGAUGCCAAGCUUGAAAACCCGGUUGUUUUGGCUGAAAACCAUUCAUGUAGGACAAAUACCUCAGGAGAAAGAAUACUUCCGAAUGGGCAGAUCUGGAAACGACAAUUGUUGUUAUUGUGCACGUGCACUAAGGUACUGGGUGAUGCUAAUUCCCUUUUGGGACUCCAAAACAGUAUUGAACUUGGGCCAUCUAAUAACUCUCGGCUGCCUUCACUGCCCCAUCUACUUUCAUCUUUUCUCCAGCAGCGCCCCUCUAUGACAGAUGAAGUUGAUGAAUAUUGCCUUUCAGAUAGUGAAGAGGAUGAGUAUGAUCAGUUACCUCCUAUCCGUAUUUUGACAAAAGUUCAAUUUGAGAAGCUGAGUGACUCUCAGAAGAAAGAUUAUCUCGAUGAGCUAGAUUACAGAGAAACCUUAUUUUUGAAGAAGCAACUGAAGGAAGAGUCACGCAAGAGGAAAGAAAGAAAGCUUUUAGGGGACAAAAUCUUGCCCUCUGAAGGCAGUACUGAUGAUCCUGAAGCUGUACCUGAGGCUGUCCAGCUGCCUGAUGUAGCAGUCCCUCCAAGUUUUGACUGUGAUUCACCCGUAUAUAGAUAUCGAGGUGUUGUUAUGAGUGACCAAUGGCUCUGGAGGCCUGUGCUAGAUCCCCAUGGAUGGGACCAUGAUGUGGGCUUUGACGGAGUAAACUUGGAAACAGCUGUUGAAAUUAAAAGGAACUUAACUGCUUCAAUUUCUGGACAAAUGAGCAAGGACAAGCAUGAUUUCAGUAUUCACUCCGAGUGUGCUGCGGCCUAUACAGAUCCCAGAGGCCCCACAUACUCUAUAGGCCUUGACGUUCAAUCAUCUGGCCGUGAUAUGGUCUAUACUGUUCGAAGCCAUGCUAAAUCAGGAAACUUGAAGCAAAAUGUUGCUGGGUGUGGAGUUUCUGUGACAUCGUUCCAGAAUAAGUACUACAUUGGUACUAAGCUCGAAGAUUCCCUUCACUUAGGUAAGAGACUGAAAUUGGCAGUUAAUGCGGGUCGAUUGGAGGGUGGCGGGCAAGCUGCAUACGGUGGGAGCCUUGAAGCUACUUUAAGAGGAAGAGACUACCCAGUGAGGAGUGAUAAGGUCACUAUGACCAUGAAUGUUCUGUCUUUUAAGAAUGAAUUAGUCUUGAGUGGAAAUUUGGAGUCAGAGUUCCGUCCAAGCCGAGGUACAAGACUGUCAGUUAAUGCGAAUUUGAAUAACCGGAAUAUGGGACAAGUUUCCAUCAAGACUUCUAGCUCCGAACACGUGCAAAUAGCUUUCAUCGCGGUGUUCACUAUUGUCAGAGCUAUUUUCCGAAAAAGGGAACAUAAAUUGCAACUUGCUGAAGCUCAGGAGGUGGGAUGAAAUUUGCUGCCUACUCCUGGAGUUUCAGGUUGAGGUUUGGCAUAGUGGUGUCCUUCCCUCAGUAACCGAUAAAUUAUCAUCCUUUUCCAUAGCAGCAUACAGAUGUACGUUUCAAUUUUGGCGAUUAGUGACAUUCGAGGGACACAACCUCUUGUUUGUAUAGUUCUUGGAGGAGAGUAGUACUUGCUCAUUUUGAUCAUGAGUGUAGGAAUUAGGAGGCAAUUUUAUUAUCCAUCCAUAAAAUCAAAAGUGUAUGUAUUUCAGCUGGAAAAUGCAUCACAAUUUACAGUAUACUAGUCUCUGGAAAUUAAGAGCACUUUUAACUUCCCAUCAAUCUAUUUUUUGUUUAAGGUGAUCCAA